AUGUCUCGUGGUCUUUAGCCAAAGACUAAAGGGACAUGCUACCACCGCUAAAAACUGACACCGCUCCAUUUUUGUUUCGACUUGGUGAUGAAUUAAGUUGAGCUCAGUGACUGCAGAGGUUUCCACAGCAGCUGAAAAUGGAAUAAAUGUUCCCAUUUAGAACCGAGUCUACCGGACUGUCAGAACCUGGGAGUCCCCACAUUAAGAAAACGAGGAACAAGAAUGGACCAGAAAAGUUUCUAGCUGAAACUCUCAAUUUUUUGAGUUUCGCUCCUGAAGUUUGAAGUUGUGCCAAGCUGCUGGAUUGUUGUUUGGUUUUCUGGUGUGGAGAGAAGACGUUCUAUCGGCUCCAUCGGGACAUCCAGCUGCUCCGCAUUCCUCCCAUCACCUCCAUCACAACCAUCACUGGUUCCCAGCUGGAUGGGACCCUGCUGCUGCUGCUGCUGCUGUGAUAAUCUACAGGUUGGCCUUGGGAGGUGCUAGAUGUUCAUCCUCUGAAAGCAGGAUGGUCAGACGUUGCUGUCCACUCACGCUGCUCCAACUCUUAAGCGUUUUUGCACAGACCAGAGCUCUUACUCAGGAUCUUUUGUACCCAUAUGGACCGGCUCACCGGGAUCUUGAAACUCCGAAGAUGGAUGACGGGAGUUCAGUUGAGAUUCCUCUGCUCAUUCCCUUCAUUUUCUUCAACGUCCCCUACCGUUCCAUCUAUGUCAACAACAACGGCGUGAUCUCCUUCAACGUUCAGGUUAGCCAGUUCACGCCUGAGGCUUUCCCUCUGAGCGACAGCAGGUCUUUCAUUGCUCCGCUGUGGGCAGAUGUGCACAACGGCAUCCGUGGAGAUGUCUACUACAGAGAGACCACCGAUCCCGAACUGCUGGAGAGGGCGACACAGGAUGUCCGCAGGCACUUCAAAAACAUGCCCAGCUUCACAGCCACCUGGGUCUUUGUGGCGACGUGGCACCAGGUCACCUUCUACGGAGGGAGCCAGACCACGCCGGUGAACACUUUCCAGACUGUACUGAUCUCAGAUGGCGCAGCUUUCUUCAGCAUGUUCAACUACGGGGAAAUCACAUGGAGCACCGGAACGGCCAGCGGGGGAGAUCCUCUGACGGGACUCGGUGGGACGACGGCUCAGGCAGGUUUUAAUGGAGGCGAUAUCGGUCACUUCUUCAACCUACCGGGAUCGCGGUCAAAUGAUGUGGUGAACAUCGAACAGACCACCAAUGUAAAUAUUCCUGGACGCUGGUUUUUCCGCGUUGACACCGAACUGAUAGAUCCUGCCAAUGGCUGCAGCUAUAAUGGACGGUAUUACAGACGAGGGGAGAUCUUCUGGAUAUCUGACCAGUGCUCCCAGCGCUGCCGAUGUCUUGACAUAAAUAACCAGGUUCAGUGCCUGGAGGCCCCAUGUGGACAGUUUGAGAACUGCGAGCAGCAGGAUGGGGCCUUUUACUGCCAGCCUACGCGCACCAGCACCUGCGUGGUGUUUGGAGACCCUCAUUAUCACACCUUUGAUGGCUUCCUCUACCACUUCCAAGGCACCUGCUCCUACCUGCUGGCCCGGCCGUGCUGGGAGGUGGUAGGACUGCCCUUCUUCAGCGUGGAGGCCAAAAACGAGAAUCGCGGCGUUACCACGGUGUCCUGGUUACGAGACGUGACGGUGGAGGUCUACGGCCAUAGAGUGAUGAUACCUAAAGGCAGUUUGGGAAGUGUCCAGGUGGACGGCUUGAUGAAGGCAUUGCCAGUCCAACUGGAGCUUGGUGCCGUAAAAGUCUACCAGUCUGGGGUUGCUGUUGCUUUAGAAACAGACUUUGGACUUCUGGUGACCUACGACGGCCAGCACUAUGCCUCCAUCUCCUUACCAAGCUCCUACUUCAACAACACCUGUGGCCUUUGCGGAAACUACAACGACGACCCUGCAGACGAUCCCGUGCUUCCGGACGGCUCUCUUGCGGAAAGCGUGGUGGAGUUGGGAGGCAGCUGGCGAGCAGUAGACACCGACUGGAGGUGCAGCGACGGCUGUGCUCAGAACUGCAGCGUUUGCGACCCCAUUACAGAAGCCAUGUACUUUCGCUCGGACUACUGUGGGCUAAUAAACAAAACCGACGGACCCUUUCGAGACUGCAGAGCUGUGGUGGACCCCACGGCAUUUGUAUAUAGCUGUGUGUACGAUAUGUGCAGCAACAGGGAUAACAUCACCACGCUGUGCUACGCCAUCCAGGCCUACGCUUUAGCAUGUCAGGCCCUUGGAGUCACAAUACGACCCUGGAGAACGCGCACAUUCUGUGCUAUGUCCUGUCCGGAGUUCAGCCGUUAUGAAGUGUGUACCAAUGCGUGUCCGGCCUCCUGCUCGGACCUUACCGCGCCCCUGUACUGCGCUCACCCCUGCACCGAGGGCUGCCAGUGCGAACCCGGCUACGUCCUCAGCGGCAACCGCUGCGUGCAGCAGGACGACUGCGGCUGCGAACACAACGACCUUUAUUACCCCCUCAACCACACGUUCUGGGCCGGCCCCGGCGGGGAGGAAGGCGACUGCUCCCUCCGCUGCACAUGCGGGUUUGCUGGGGAAGUCUCCUGUUUCAAUGAGUCCUGCAAGGAGGGCGAGGUGUGUGUGGCCGAGCUGGGCUUGCUGGGCUGUUACCCUCGGAGGGAGGGAGUUUGCUCGGUCACCCAGAACUCUGUGACAUCCAGCUUUGAUGGCACCUUCCUGCUGUUUCCGGACGACAGCUCCUACUACUUGCUGAAGCUGUGUGGUCCGGUACCGGCCAACGGGUCAAUGGUGGAGGUGAAGAUCGGCAGGCGGCUCGUGAGCAAAGGUCCCACUUGGAAGAGACCUGUGAUAGUAACCGUAGCUAACCUGGAGGCACAGAUGGGUGGUACAGAUUUUGAUACAGUAAAGGUGAAUGGUGAACCGGUUGUUCUGCCGUUCAUCCAUCCAAUGGAGACCAUGAUGAUCUACAGGGCACCAGGAAAUGCAACCGUGGUGGAGUCCAGAGGUCUGCUCCGCGUCCACUACACCCGCCAGGGAUUCCUGAACAUCUCCCUCUCCACCAUCUUCUACAACGUCACCUGUGGCUUAUGCGGCGUCUUCAACAGCAACGCCACGGACGACCUGCGCCUGCCCAACGGGCGCCUGGCUGAAAAUACUGAACAGUUCACAGAGGGAUGGAAAUCCAUUGCAGACGACCUUACAUGCAACGGGGACUGCGACGACCUGUAUCGCAUGUGCACAGACCUGCGCCUUUACCAGAGUCCCUGGAUGUGUGGCAACAUCAACGACCCGGGGAACAGCUCUUUCCUGGCCUGCCACUCGGUGGUCAACCCGUCUCCGUUCUUCAGGAACUGCCUGUACAACAUGUGCAUUAGGGAAGGAAACCGGUCGGCCCUUUGCACCUCUCUGCAGGCGUACGCCACAGCCUGCCAGGAUGCCCAAGUGGGCCUCGCCUCCUGGAGGAGUGCAACCAACUGCCCUCUUCCUUGUCCAGAGAACAGCCAUUUUGAAGAAUGCACCACCGCUUGCCCUUUGACCUGCACCAACCUGGAUGAGCCCGAGGAGCCGUGCCCUCUGCCGUGCCAGGAGGGCUGCCAAUGUGAAGAAGGCUUUGCGAUGCGGGACGGCCUGUGCGUGGCCCGGAGCGACUGCGGCUGCCUGUACCACGGCCACCAGGUGGCCACCAACCAGACCUUCUGGACUGACUGGGAAUGCCAGGAGCGCUGCUACUGCAACGGCUCCGACAACAGCGCGUACUGCCAGCUCGCACCCUGCCACCCCGAGGAGUACUGCCAGGAGAACGACGGCCUGUACUUCUGCCAGCCACGCACCGAGGCCCUGUGUGUGGCCGCAGGUUACGGACAUUUUCAGGCAUUCACUGGCAUGCCGUUUGAGCUUCAGAGCUCAUGUACUCUCAAGAUGGCCACCACCGUUUGUAGGCGGAGAGAGCCGGCGGGGACAGGUGGAGUUUUCCCUCGGUUUAAACUGGCGGUUCGCAAUGAGGAGAGAGAUACUGGACAGGCCAUCUGGGUGAGGGGCUUCGUGCUGGAGGUCUACGAAUACGAGGUGGAGGUUUCUCGAAGCUACAAGAACACUGUAACUGUCAACAAGGAGCGCCUGUACCUCCCCUUGAAGCUGGGCCCGGGGAAGGUCAACAUCACUUCCUUGGGGAUGCUGCUUGUUCUGGAAACGGAUUUCGGCCUGACGGUGUCGUAUGACUGGAACACGCUCCUCCUUUUGACUUUACCGAGAGACCUCUACAACGCCUCCUGCGGCCUCUGCCAGGGCAUGCCCUUCUCCCCGCCCACUCUGAGCUCCACGGACUGGGCCAUGACCUGGGCCGAGAGGGACACCUUCUGCCAGGUGGGCUGCGGCGACUCCUGUCCACGCUGCGGGCUCGGGGAGAAGAGCAUGCCCAACAGCGCCCCCCUCAUGGUGGCCGACUCCAGCAUGAUUAGCGAUAACGAGGACGAGCCGAACGGAGUCGCCACCGGCAUACGCUUCCACGUCGGGGACGGACUCUACGUGUUCGUGGAGCCGGAGGCCGUCAGGCUGUGUGGGCUGAUUGUGGACCGGGGAGGCGUGUUUGCACGCUGUCACAGCAAGGUGGCGCCAGCGUUCUUUUAUCAGAGCUGCCUGCAGGACACUUGUUUGGAUCAAGGAGCUCUGGACACGAUCUGUAACUGGCUGCAGAUCUACGCCAGCACCUGCCAGACCCAGGGUGUGCUUUUAACCGGCUGGAGGAGUGACACGCCGUGUGUCCAGAGCUGUCCUCCGAACAGCCAUUACUCCAGCUGCAUGUCGGUGUGCCCGCCCCAGUGCGCCCCCGCCCGCGGCCAGCGGGACUGCAGCCAGGACUGCGUGGAGGGCUGCCAGUGCGACCUGGGCUACGUGCUCAACGGCAAGAGCUGCAUCCUGUCCCAGAACUGCGGCUGCUAUACGGACGGAAAAUACUACGAGCCCAAACAGCUGUUCUGGAACAACGACUGCACCAAGCGCUGCCAGUGCAUCGGGCGGAACCUGAUCCAGUGCGACCCGCGGCGCUGCAAGGCGGAGGAAGAGUGCACUCUGCGAUUCGGGGUCCGGGGCUGCUUCGCGCGGCGCUCUCAGCACUGCGUGGCAUCGGGCGGCGGCGUCUUCAGGACCUUCGACGGGGCGUCGCUGCGUCUCCCGGCCUCCUGCUCCUUCGUCCUCUCCACAAACUGCCACAAGCUGCCCGACCUCUCCUUCCAGCUCAUCGCCAACUUCGAUAAAUGGAGCACGCCCAACCUCACCACCAUCUCUCAUGUCUACCUCUACAUAAACGAGGAGAACAUACUGAUCUCUGGCAGCACCGUCAAGGUGAACGGGACGCCCGUGUCCGUCCCGUUCCUAACGGGCCUGAUGACGCGUCUGUCCACGUCUGAGGGCUUCAUCGUCAUCGACACGCCGCAGGACAUUCAGGUUCGCUACAACCGCUUCAACACCCUCAGCAUCACCAUGGGCCAGCGGCUCCAGAACAAGGUGUGCGGCCUGUGUGGAAACUUCAACGGAGACCCCAACGACGACUACAUCACCUCCCGGGGCAAACCGGCCGUCAGCGCGCUGGAGCUGGCCCAGAGCUGGAAGACCAACGGCAUGCAGAACAGUUGUGACGAGACCCAGUACGUGGCUUUAGCCCAGUCCUGUGACAACACGGCCGUCCUGGCGCUGCAGGGCGAAGAGGCCUGUCAGAAGCUGACCCAGCUGAAGGGCUUCUUCCAGCCGUGCCACGGCCUGCUGGACCCGCAGCCCUUCUACCAGUCCUGCUACCUGGACGGCUGCUACAACCACCGCACGGCGCAGGUCUGCGGCUCCCUGGCAGCCUACGCCGAGGCCUGCCGCUCCCUAGGAACCCUGACCACCAAGUGGAUCACCCAGGAGAACUGCUCAGAAUGGAUCUACGACCCGUGUGCCGGAGAGAUCUGCACAAACUUCACCUGCGAGUUGGAGAACGGAGGCGACCUGUGCGGCUGUCCGGAGCUGCCCACCAACCCUGCAGGUGAGGAUGACAUCAUCCAAGCGGAGGUGAACUGCAAGCACGCCCAGAUGGAGGUCUCCAUCUCUAAGUGCAAGCUCUUCCAGCUGGGCUUCGAGCGCGAAGACGUGAGGAUCAACGACGAGCGCUGCGCCGGCAUCGAGGGCGAGGAUUUCAUCUCCUUCCACAUCAACAACACCAAGGGCCACUGCGGCUCCAUCGUCCAGUCUAACGGCACGCACAUCAUGUACAAGAACACCGUCUGGAUCGAGAGCGUCAACAACACCGGCAACGUUAUCACCAGGGACAAAACCAUCAACGUGGAGUUUUCCUGCGCCUACGAGCUGGACCUGAAGAUCUCCCUGGAGACGGUCCUGAAGCCCAUGCUCAGGGAUCCUAAAGUCCUCUGGGUCUGGAGGACGAUGAGUCCGAAUCCAGCUGCUGGCAGCAGCAACAACCAAACCAAACGAUUCCCUCUGUGA